AAAGUAAUAUUCCUCUUUCCGCCACAUCGUUCAUCUUCCUAUUCUCUCUACGUUCACCAUUUGGAUCCAUCCAUCCAAAAAAACCCGUUAAAAUGUCUUCAAUUUCAUGCACAAAAUUAACACUAUUCACCAUAUCAGCACUCAUCAUCCAGUUCAUCGGUCUCUCGCUUUUCGUCUUCGCUUUCUUCCCUGUCAAACCACUUCUAUCCGGCUACAGUGGCUCUGAGAGUUUCCGACGUCCAACCUGUGAUGACGGUGUCGAAGCGAAUCCGAAUGAAGCAACUCUGCCUCCAGAUCGCCGGAGGUUUUUGUAUCAGGAAGUAUCUGAGAUGCCUCCUUCUUAUGAUCGACUCAUCUUAAUGGUCAUUGAUGGUCUUCCAGCAGAAUUUGUGCUUGGUAAGAUGGGUCAGCCACCAAGCAAGGCUUUUAUGGAAGCUAUGCCAUACACCCAGUCAUUGCUAGCAAAUGGAAUGGGUGUGGGAUAUCAUGCAAUAGCUGCAGCGCCAACAGUUACCAUGCCUCGUUUGAAAGCCAUGGUUUCUGGAGCAAUAGGGGGCUUCCUGGAUGUAGCUUCCAACUUUAACUCCCAGGCUUAUUCAGAUGACAAUCUUAUUGCACAAUUCUUUAAGAUUGGAUGGAAAAUGGUUAUGCAUGGUGAUAAUACAUGGCUGAAGUUAUUUCCUGGUUUCUUUGCACGGCAUGACGGAGUUAGCAGUUUUUUUGUUAAAGAUACUGUACAAGUGGAUCGUAAUGUGUCUCGACAUCUUGGUGAUGAACUUAGCAGAGAUGACUGGAAUUUACUCAUACUUCAUUAUCUAGGCUUGGAUCAUGUUGGUCAUAUUGGUGGACGAAGCAGUGCAUUAAUGGCUUCAAAACUUUCCGAAAUGGAUGAAGUAGUGAGGAUGAUUCAUACUAAUAUCUUGCAAAAUCUUGAAAAUGAUCAAAGGCAAAUGCUUCUGGUUGUAGUCAGUGACCAUGGAAUGACAGAAAGUGGUAAUCAUGGAGGUUCAUCGUAUGAGGAAACAGACUCUCUAGCUCUUUUUAUUGGACCAAAAAACCAUGCUUCUAGCCACACAUUAUCCAAUCAUGACACGAUUUUUCAGGUUGACAUUGCUCCAACAUUAGCUUUACUUUUUGGCGUGCCUAUUCCCAAAAACAAUAUUGGUGUUUUGAUCUCUCAAAUGGUCGACUCUCUGACUGAUGAACAAAAGUUGAGGGCACUGCAGUUGAACUCAUGGCAGUUAUUCAGAUUACUUCAAGCACAAUUGCCUGAUUUGUCUUGUAGAAAUUUUCCAUGUGAUUCUUUCAUUACUGAUAGUGGACCCACAAUUAGUGAAUGCAAAGGUAGCAAGGAAAAGUUGUUUUGUUGCUUGUAUUUAAACGCCGCCGCUCUUCAUGAUGCCUGGAGGGAUGAAGUAGUCAUUAAGUCUAAUAAUACAGAAGGAUACAACACCACUGUUGCAGCAUAUCAUGAGUUUCUAAGCAGAGCAAGCGAGUGGCUAUCACACAAAGCAACUGAUAGACCAAUUAGCUCACUUGCUUUUGGAGUUGCUGCUUUGAUCACAUCUUGCUUGAUACUGCUAAAACUUCUAUUUGUUAUCCACAAAGAAGUUCCUGCUCAGGAAAUUCAAGAUGUAGAGAAUUAUAUGAAGCCACGGAAGUUGGAUGAAGUGUUCAUUUUGUUAGGCAUCCUGAUUCUUGUUAUUAGUAUGGGAUCAAGUUCAAUGAUUGAGGAAGAGCAUUACAUUUGGCAUUUCCUAACAUCCACAAUUAGCUUGUUAUUUUUUCGGAAAGCAAUACAAUCGUUUGACCUUAACAAAGCAGUUGGUGAUCUCAUUUCAGCAGAGAAAAAAAACUACACAUCAGGAUGCCAAAUUAGUUUGUUAUUCCUUAUUAUUUUUUGUGGAAGAAUUUUGAAAGGCUGGCAUCAAGGUGGUGUAAAUUGGACGAACCUUCCUGACAUUUCUUCCUGGCUUGAGCAGGCUGGAAGUCAAUAUAUAAAUCUGAUACAGAUAACAUCAUGUGUCAUAAUCUUCAUGUUGGGCAUAUUUCUAUUAUUCCUAUUGCAGUCCAAAAAAAAAGUUAUAAUGGUCAUUGGGUUGAGCCUUUUAAUGUCUGGUUUGUUGGUAUUGCAGCAUUUUAUGAAACAUCAGAACAUGUCUGCCUCAAACAAUAAGGAUGCCACCUUAUCAGUUCAAGUUUUCUAUGCUGUUCUGGGAAUUACUACUGUUACAGUUGUAUUGGUUUUGCCAUGGGUUAUGCCUAAGAAUACUCAUGAAAAGUGCUCAAAAUGGAACCUCUACAUGUCUGCUUCUGUUCCUACAGAAAUCCAGAAUAUGACACCAAUAUUUGUUUUAAAAGAUUCUUUGUAUGUUAUAGGGUGCAUGUACAUAACAUUCUGGUGUCUUCUGCAGUUGUUGCUUCAACGACCGAUUAAUGCAAUGCCUUUGUUGUUGCUCAAUGUUCAAAUUUUGGCUUACAUGCUUGCUUUCUCUUCUUGUGGGUCACAUCAUAAUAAACAGUGGGUCGAGAUUGCUGCUCUGUACAAUCUUGGAAUGGCAGGCCAUUUUGCUCUUGGGAACAGUAACACGCUAGCUACCAUUGAUGUGGCUGGAGCUUUUAUUGGAAUUUCAAGUCAUUCAACCUUCCUUUCAGGUGUUCUAAUGUACAUCAUUACAUAUGCAUCCCCAAUGUUAUUCUUUUUUUCUUUGGUGAUGUACAUCUCUAUCAAGAUCACAAUCUGUCCACUAGUUACCGACGGUGGAAAUUCUGGAGAAAUUCUUAAGUCUUUUCUUGGAUUUCCUUGCCUAGUACCACUGAGCAUAAACUCCAUUCUCUUGUCAGCAUACACGAUUGUCUUAGUGUUGAUGAGGAACCAUUUAUUUAUUUGGAGCGUCUACUCUCCCAAGUACCUUUAUGUCUGUGCAGCAACUGCAUGUGUCUAUAUUGGGGUCUUCCUUGUUGUCACAACUGUGAUUUAUACAUAUAUAGUGCUUUUCUGGCUGAGAAAGAGUUUUUCCAUAACUAGCAAGGAAGAUGGUACGCGAUAAUCUAUGUUAACGUAAAUUUAUUAUUACACUGUCAAACAGCAAUUUUGGCUCUUUUAAGUGCUUAGUUAGUAAGUGAAUGUUAUUUUAAUUUUCCGGGUGUAUCACAAAGUGUAAAAUAUGGAGAUGCGUUAGGAGAAAAUUUAGAACAGAACGAAACCUAUCUACAUAGGACCAUACUGUUGAUGCCAAUUUACAAAAUGAACUGGGUUUUUUUUUUUUUUUA